AUGGAAGAAUUUACCGUGGAGGAAACCCGUGCGCGGCACGAUCACGACAUCGUUCAGCCCUGUAAGGCAAACAGCGCCAGGUCGUACGUGGGACAUUCCCUGGCCGAGCGUCAGGCAGUGUACGCCGAAUCGGUGAAGGAUCCUGCUCUUUUCUGGAGCCGAAUUGCGGCCGAUAACUUUUACUGGGAAAAGUUGUGGCCCGCAGACAAGCCGGUGCUGGAGUACAAUUACCACAAGAGCAAAGGCAGAGUCUUUGUGAGGUGGUUUGAUGGCGCGAUGACUAACAUGUGCUACAACGCCCUCGACCGUCACCUCCCACAGCAUAAAGACCGCGUGUGUUACUACUGGGAGGGUAACGCGGAGGGGGAAAGCAGCACGGUGACGUACGGCGAGAUGCAUGAGGCCGUUCUGCGGCUGGCAGCUGUGCUGCGGCACCGGUAUGGCAUUCGUAAGGGCCACGUGGUCACCCUGUACCUCCCAAUGAUUCCCUUCACGGUGCAGGUCAUGCUGGCGGCGGCCCGGCUCGGCGCCGUUGUCUCGGUCGUAUUCGCCGGCUUCUCCGCCAACUCGCUUGCCUCGCGCAUCAUGGACUCCGGCAGCGAGCUUCUCAUCACGGCGACGCGUCUGCCCGAGGGG